AUGAUGGCAUCUGUCAUUGUUCUUAUUGGAUUGUUCGUAACAUCAUUGAUUAUUGCGUCUUACUUCAAUUCGUAUCCCCUCAUUUGUAGUUUGAUAUCAACCUUUCUUUGUCUAUUCAUUUAUGAGUGGUAUAAUGUCCAUGGAGAUCGGCUCACUCUAAAGCGUAGAGCAUGUUUUGAUGUAUCAAAUGUUUUGGAAACUUAUCAGACACGAGCAAGGACAUUGGGACAUUUGUUUAAACCUGAUCCACCCACUCCCGGUGUUUCUUUUGCUGCAGGACCUGUUGAAACUAAUCCAUCUAGAAGUACAGAGUUCAACACACAUCGCGAUUCUCAUUAUGCCAACAUGUACGAAAAAGCUAUCAAACUUGCUAAAGAGAUGGAAGCGAUAGAUUUUCCAAUGGUGGAUGCAUUUAAAAGUGGUUCAACUGCUUACGAUGACUACUCGGAUGAUAAGAGUUUGGAUUUGAGUUUUGGAGAGAACUCUAUUAGUCCUGCCAAAUCUACAACAUCGAAUGAUUUGAAUGUAGAAUCCGAAGAUCUUCCAACUGCCAGAAGUCUACACGAUUCUGAUGAAGAAGUUCCGACAGCUCGUGAAAUUCUUUCUUCUCAUAGUACUUCCUCCGCUGACCGUAAAGCUUCAAAAAUAUCCGGAGAGGAUAUUUCAAGAAAGGAAAGAAAGUAA